ACAAAACAUAAUUUAAAUUGGCAUGCUGUAGUGAAUAUACAAGAUACACCUCGAUUACUGGGUUAUAAACUCCCAGAUGGCAGGUGAUAUCACUCGUGAAGCUGAACUUGUAAUCGGUAACAUGGCAGACUCUAAAACCAAAAACAUCACAACCCCCCUAUCGUAUGAAAACACGGGAAACUUCCGUUUCAUGGGUAAAGUAAAGGCUAUGUUUGAUGUUGGUGUGGAUGUGUGGCUCCUAGACGAUCAGAACAGGGUCGUUCUGUACAACACAGAGACAAAAACUGUCUGUAAAACUAUGGAGCUCCUGGAAACUGUACCGGACAUCAGCUACUGUCUGAAAAACGGAAAUGUGUGGUAUUGUUCUCAAACUAGUAAGACAAUAGGAGAGAUAAAAUCGGAUCAAAAGAUUGUUCGGUUUAAUGUGGACAGUCAACCAUUGUCUUUGUGUGUUACCGCUGACUCCCGUGUCGUGGUAGGAAUGAUUGGAUCACUCAUAAUAUACACAGAAGGUGGAGCCGAGGUAACGUCUGCUACAUCCAUGGAAAGUUACGUGGUCCGAACACCACAUCAUAUUGCCGAGUGUCCGUCUACAAAUAAUCUGGCUGUUAUCGACUCGGACCGGAAAUCUCACGGCGGUAGCCAGCGACCUCGAGUUGUAAUAUUUGACAAGUUAUUGAAUGUUGUGCAAUUUUACUUUGGACGGAGGAGAUUUGAAGAUUUGAGACCAGAACUUGAUCGCAUUGAGGAGGCAUAUAGUCCGAGAGGAAUCUGCUAUAACAAGGACGGGGAAAUAUUUGUCAGUGAUUUCUAUAACCAUUCUGUUAUACGAUUAUCUGGAACAGGGACUUACCUAGGAGAAUAUCACAUUUUCAUGCCUACGCCUACUGCUGUUUGUAACAAAGCAGAUGACGAACUGUGGACAUUACACCAGCAUGACUGGGUGUUAGGCUACAGAUAUAAAUAACUGUACCUGGAACACAAAAUUUAUAUCUUUCAAGGAGGAAGUAAAGCUCAACGGCACCUGUGGACUGAAGAAAAAUUUUAAAUGUGUGCAGCCAUCUUGGAUUUUGGACCGACCCGAAAAUCAACACUUAAU